AUGGAUCGCCAACCAACGGCCAUCUCAACAUCCCACACAACCCCUCCCUCAGAAGCUCCGACUUCUCCAUCCGCCCAAGCCGGCGCCGACCGAUGCAUGCGCCACACGAAUAGCUGGACGCCCUCCAUCCAGCGACGACAGAGCUGGAGCCCGGAGGAGCAGAAGCAUGAGAUGCACAUGAACAAAAUUGAGCAGGUUGCUACAGGUCCUGGUUUUACAGAGCGAGAGGGCUCUUAG